ACAGACAGGUCGCCCAAUUUACACGCGCGCAUCCCUACACCUUCAUUCGUCUCGGAUUCACCUACCCUUAGUACAAGACAGGAUCUCCCCACAGCAGUAAGAUCGAACACGAGACAGGAAGAUACACUUGCCCCAAAUCGCAACGUCUUUUUAGUCGCUCGCCUGCAUAAUUACGAGUACGCCUCUGCGCAACCCCUCACUAGGAAAGUCGACCACUCAGAGCUUGAACAGAAGGAGAUCUUGGCCUUGCAGUCAAAACCUACUUUUGAACUAUAAACUGUCCAGCAAAGUACAGGCUCUUGCGCUUCUCCCUAUAGAGGUACCUAUCACAGGUAGACGUUUCCAAGUACAUACUUGUCGCUGUUUCGUCGUUAUUUGAACCUUAGAUAGCUCUUGCCAUCUAAGCACGGUGAGCGUUGAGUUGAUGCUAGCAAGGAUAAAACCAUGAGUCAACCGCCUCAUCGAUCUAGUCUCGGGAUGUUGCUUCGACGCAGCAAAUCGGGCGACUUGGGUAAGGGUGGUAGGAAGCACCAUAAGGAGGUGCAACGGGAAAGCGUUCCUAAGUCCCCCCCUCGUCUGCCCGAUCUCUACAAUGGUGCUCAACCUCCUGAACCACUUCAGAGCUUUGGAGGCGAUACCCGCCCGGAUUCUCUCACCAUCAUUUCUGGAAGAGUCGACCAUUCAUUUCACCACUUCCCACCUAGAGCGUCUAUCGAACCCGGUCGUCCUUCGAUGUCCUCGAUUGCUAGUCCUCCCAUACCUCCCGUUCCCAGCGGAGUUUACGUUGAUCCCUACGCUCGUACCGAAAGUAUGACGCACCGUGGCCGAUACAGCUAUGCAAGUAGUGCCAUGAGCACUAUUAACAGCCCUAGAAGGGUUCGUAGGAGGAAGGACCCUACUCCUUUCAAUAUUCUGAUUGUGGGCACCCGUGGCUCCGGAAAGACUUCAUUCCUCGAAUUUCUCAAGACCGCCCUGGCCCUGCCAGAGAAGAAACGAUCUCAACGGUCGACUGAGAUUGAACAAGAGGUUACUUCUAAUGCAACCCCCUCGGGUAACUUCAUACCGCACUACCUCGAGAGCGAAAUCGACGGCGAGCGUAUCGGCUUGACCCUCUGGGACUCUGAGGGACUCGAGAAGAAUGUGGUAGAUUUGCAAUUGAGAGAAAUGUCAACGUUCUUGGAGAGUAAGUUUGAGGAAACCUUUGCUGAGGAAAUGAAGGUGAUCCGAUCACCCGGCGUUCAGGAUACGCACAUCCACGCAGUUUUCCUCGUCUUGGACCCUGCUCGUCUAGACCGGAAUAUAGCUGCUGCGAAAGCUGCUUCGGCCAACGGCCAUAGCGGGAAGUACGAACGAGACAUUGGUCGCGUCGUAGGUGGUCUAGACGAAGAUCUUGACCUACAGGUUAUGCGAACCCUCCAGGGCAAGACAACAGUGAUACCGGUUGUCUCGAAAGCCGACACGAUAACCACCGCUCAUAUGACCGUCCUCAAGAAGACUGUCUGGGCUAGCCUCAAGAAAGCAAACUUUGAUCCCCUCGAGGCAUUGGGUCUCGAUGACGACGAUGAUAGCACGCCAGAUUCUAGCAGAAUCGACGAGGGCGAAGAAGAGGACCAAGAGGAAGGUGAGGAGACAGUGGAGUCGGCAGAGUCAGGAGACGAUAAGCAAGGCGAGGAGGAACCUGUAGUUAUGGAUGACGAUAGCGUUGGAGCAGAGGAUGAUGAGCUUCCCAUUCAAGGCAGAGUUUCGCCGGCUUCAAAACGCCGCUCUAAUACCUCCACUCGUCAACCUAAGUCAUCCGAGGGAGCAACAACUGAAGAACUUCCUUUAUUGCCAAUGUCUAUAAUCAGCCCCGAUAUCUACGAGCCUGGCGUUGUUGGUCGCAAGUUCCCUUGGGGUUUUGCAGAUCCUUACAACGAGGAGCACUGUGACUUCACCAAACUGAAGGAUGCGGUAUUUGGCGAGUGGCGUGGUGAUCUGCGCGAGGCCAGCAGAGAGCAAUGGUAUGAGGGAUGGAGAACCAGCCGUCUCAAGCAGAGACAACCUACGAGUCGACGUCGAUGAGAGAGGAUGGCAGAUGUCUUUGGUAGAUAAGACGCUUUUUCUACAUGGUUAGCGGGUCUUUGACCUUUUGUGUCUUGGUGUCGUCAUAGCAUACCCCCUUCAGAUAUUUUUCUUUCUUUCAUAUACCACGAUAUUGUCUCCUCCGGCCAGCCGGGGUGGCGCAGGAAAAGGGCUCCGCAGGCGUUGAUUCUGGGCUCGGGCUAUUAGAAAAUAUUUUCCUUCAGGGCUCGAUCGACAGCUCAGGGGCCUUGGCUCCCAACAGCCACAUGUUUCAUCAUCACAUCACGGUGCCACGUCCACCGAUUUCAAUUCCUUUGUACGAACGUUUCUUCACGCAACUAGGCAUUCUACUAGGCUCAGUUACUACACAUCAGGCUUCAGGCGAUUGCUGGCACGCAAUGGAGAAGAACUAACUUUAUGUUAUUAUGCCGCGUCUUUUUUUUUCUUCUUGGAACUUAUCACAUAUUUCUUGACCAUUAAUGCCUGUUUCACUUACCUACCUGCCUAGGUAUCUAGGUACAUAGGUAUGCAAAUGUUAGGAAAUUUUUCUUGUGUUUUUUA